AUGCUAGUGGUCCUGCUCACAGUGGCCCUGCUGGCCCUCAGCUCAGCUCAGAGACCUAAUGAAGAAUUUGUGGUCGCCAACCGUAACACCCAAGAGAGGCAACCCGUUUCAGGAUUCUCCCAAGAAUUACGUGGUGGUCAAAACCCUGACCUUCAAGUAGAGCAGCAGCAGCAAAAAGGGGCUCGAAGGCCACUGCGACCACCACAACAGCCUCAGGAGCCUCUGCAGCAGUCACAACAAUCUCAGGAGCCUCUGCAGCAGUCACAACAGCCUCAGGAGCCUCUGCAGCAGUCACAACAGCCUCAGAAAGUGAAUGAAAAGAUCCUGAGCUAA